UCGUUGGCCAGAUAAGUCGCAUUUUCGGUCUUUGCUUCCAAAAAAUAUAUACAAAAAAUCAAAAAAUAGCUAUGGCCCACACGACGACGACGACGAAGGUCUAGUCUUUAGUCUAGCCUUUAGCUGUGCGCGAUUCCAAUGAACGUUUUAGUUAGGCAUGGCCCGUCAGCCAAGACGGUCGGCUUUAGUGCUGACGAGAAAAUCGAGAUCGCGAACCAUUUAUUCUCAUUCUUCACCACAACUUUGCACCCAAUCGCGCUUUUUGCCACUAGUGGCUCUCGCAUUGACCAUACUUAUUGAAAUAAGUCGGGCUCAGUCGAAUUUAGAUCUAAACGCAAAUGCAAACGCUCCGGUGAUCGUGACGCAACCGAAAUUCGGUGAUCGCUUAUUACCACGAAACAGACAAAUCGCAAAUAGUUUCAAUACGACAAAUGUGAAUAGAAGUGAAUUGAAUGUGGCAAGUAGUAAUAAUCAUAAUCAUUUUGGCCCGGUUUAUAUUAGAGCGGGCAGUGAAGUGGAAAAGGAAAUUCGAACCAUCAGUGAUAACGGUAGCGAUAAAAAUCUAAAUCGUAUAAUUUUUCAAAAUAAUAACUCCUCAAUUUCGAGUGUGACUGCGAGUGCGACUGCGACAGUGAAAGAGAAUCAUCCGCAUCCGCAACCACAACGCAGACGCAACGACAAUGACAAUGACAUCGAAGAAGUGGCCAGCGUGGUAUCCGCCGCCGCGUUGGAUUCACUUAGCGACAAUAAUGAAGUGGCUCCAUCAAGGGACUAUCUGAACGUCUCGAAGGCGGCCAGAUUGAUAGAAAUGUCGACAGAGUUCUUCAUAGUGCCGACAUCGACGACGACAGAGAAACCGGCCGUUCCCUCGACUACAUCGAAAUUCAGAUCGGUUGACUCGACGGGUCAGCACAAGAACAACCACCUCCAGCCGAGACCGGUGCUGAUUCUGGCCCCCAAGAAUCCAUCUCAUGGCAACACAUCGGCAGCAGCGGUGACUCCACCGACCAUUGUUAGCACACGUCUACCUAACGGACUCCGUAAGGAGCCCUGGGUUGUGCCCGUACUGGUUCUAGCAUCGCUCACCAUGAUCAUGAUGGGUGCCUUUGAGAUUUUCGUUCUAUUCAAGGCUUGGCGUACCUCGCCCUCACGCCGACAUCUAUUUUUGGGCCAAAUGCUGUUGCUGGGCCUAUUUGCUUGCGCCGGUCUCGGCGCAAUUAUCACGGCACAACCGACUGUGCUAAGUUGCGGAGCGAUACGUUUCGGGGCCGGGGUCGCCUAUGCCUUGGUAUUUGCGGCUCUGCUCGUUAAGUGCGUGUUCCUCAUUAGUUUGAACGGCGGUGUCUACCUACCGGCACCGUAUCAAGGAUUGCUACUGUUGUUCGCCGUACUCAUCCAAGUGGCCAUUGGGGCCCAGUGGCUGCUAAACCAGCCGCCAGAUAUUUACACAAUGACAGUUCCAUUCGGUGUUAGCGGCAGUGCAACUAGUGCGGGCACUAGUGGCAACAGCAACAUGGGCAGCAGCAGUGUUAGCAACAAACUGUCCUCCAUGCUGAUCACCUCGAGUGAUAUCACACGUUUGCAACACGGUAGCACGGCCACGAUGAUGAUACCCCUGUGCAAGACGCAAUUCUCGGAACUGUUGUUGUCCUUAAUUUACAUUGUCUUCCUGAUCGUGUUCGUGGCGGUUCUCGCGAUCAAAUCGCGCGGCAUUCGUGAUAAUUAUCGGGAGUCUACAUACAUUGGUCUAGCGAUUGGUGGUGCGAUACCAAUUUGGCUUGGUUGGAUGUUGUGCGGCUUGGCCGUGGCCGAUCGGCACAAGGAUGCAUGCAUUGCAUUUGGAUUAGUUGCAACAUCGGCAACAGUAUUUUUGGUAAUGUUUAUGCCGAAGGGGCGUCAAUUGGCCGCCAUGGGCAAGGAGGGCCUCUACGUGGAGGAUCGUGAGGAGCAGUUUAGUUCGCUUAGUCGAGCCGGAUCGGGAUAUUCGCCGUCCUUCUUCCACUUUAAGCCAAUCAAGUAUGGAGUGAUGGGUCCGGUUCCGAAUUCAACAUCGAAUACGGGCAAUGGAAAUAGUACGAAGCAUACUGCAACUAUGAACGGAGGUGAUCAUGUGGCAUUAGUUGCAGCAGCUCCUCCGAGCUAUACACGUAUGUACCACUAUUUUCCAGCACAUGUGACGCACCCAUUUUGUUUUUAUCCACAACCCCCACCACCGCCACAAAUAAAUCCACCAUUACCACCGACCCUUAAGGCACUUGGCAGCUCAGUAGCGUCAAUGACACCAGCACAUUUAGCACAAACCUUAAGGUAUCCAGGUAAGGCCUAUUUAUACGACCCGAUGAGAUCAACUUAUAUACCACACUGGAGCCCACACUAAGCAGUAAUCCCAAUGUGUUUUUCCAACGAAGUGGAGGCGUUCAUCCAGGAAUGAUGUAUUAAUAGUUUAGUUUUAUUAAAUUUAAAAAACACAAAACGAAAAAUAUUUUUAAGACAAAAUUUUAUCGCGCAAGUAUUAAAAAAUUAAAAAUAAAUACUUGCACCCAGUGAUCAAAAGGGAAUACAAAUAUGACCCUUAAUUAAAUAAAAAACAAACAACUUUAACGCUCCCAGGGAGUAUAAAAAUAAUUAAUAUUAGAAUUUAAAAAAACAACUCAUUUCAUUUUAUAGUUUAAGUAAAAUAAAGAAAUAAAAUUUUUAAUUAAACAUAAAAAUAAACGACAAAAUAACAUAAAAGACUUUUCUCAUAGACUUAAAAAAAUGUGUUGUUCAUAUAGAUUUUAAGUUAUGAUUAAAGCAAAAUUAAGUUAGUUAUUAUAAUGUAGGUAUAAUUAAAAUCUUACAAUUAGAUUUAUUUUUAAUUUUUAAGAUUUAAUAUUUGUUCUUAAGUAUUUUAAAAUUGCAACUUAUUAUGUAAAACCCACUUAAAUGCUUGUAUAAGAUUUUAGGUUAAAACAACAACAAUAUAAAAGUAUGUAUAUAA